AUGCCCUGUGAUCGCUCUCAGUCCACGACCAAAAAGAAUCCCUCGGACACUAACCGAGCACGACUACACACGGGCCCUGGGCUAAAACCCGCACGUAAACCCGUUCCUCUCCCCACCCUCCAUGCAACAACCGACGACCCCUUGUCCGAAGUCACACACGUGAAAGUCCAACCAAGGCCAGUCUGGGGAGGGAGAGGAUACACCUGGAUAGUAGAUCAGCAUCCAGCGCAGCAGCUCGGAACCGGCACUCUCAUCUCCAUCGAGAAUGAGUCGGGAAAAUCAGGCACGGGGCGCCUAUCAUCCGCCUCCGACCUCCGCCGUCACUGGGUCACGUUCAUCGUUGCCGGCGCAUCCCCCCCAUGCAACCUUCGAGUCCCUAUUCCAUGGGCCACUCUAGGAGCCCUAGAGAGCUACACGCAUACCACGCACUACACCUCUCUCGCGGACCUCCCGCUCCCACACCCCUCCUUCUUCAACAACCCCGCUUUCGCUGCCGAAAACGAUAACCCAUACGAGUUCGAUCUAUGGGACGCGGACACGGAAUCCCUCGAAGAAAGAAUAUCGCUAAUCCGGAACAACGGCCGCCGCAGAGUGGGGUCUCGGCCUUAG